UACCCAUUUGCUCAGACACUUCCCACCUCCUUCCUCCUCCCUCCUCCCAAAACUUUUCAGCUUCAUUUUCAGAUACUACAAUGGUGUUAUCGUCAAAAUCAGUGACGGGACAUCAGUUUCCGUUCAUGGGUUCUACCCAUUCCAACCCAUUCUUCCCUCCCAUUCCUCUCAUAGACCUCUCCCAACCCGACUCCAAACACCUCCUCGUCAAAGCCUGUGAAGAAUUCGGAUUCUUCAAGGUCAUCAACCAUGGAGUCCCUAUGGAUUUCAUCACCCGAUUAGAAUCCCAAGCCAACAAAUUCUUCUCAUUGCCGCUCACCGAGAAACAAAAAGCUGGGCCGCCGUGUCCCUUCGGGUACGGGAAUAAGAGUAUCGGUUCCAACGGCGAUGUCGGCUGGGUCGAAUACCUUCUUCUCACCGCCAAUCAUGAUUCCAUCCUACAAAAAUUCGAAUCAAUUUUUGGUGAAAACCCAGAAAGUUUUAGGGAUGUGUUGAAUGAUUAUAUAGGGGCAGUGAAGAAAAUGGCUUGUGAGAUACUUGAAAUAAUGGCGGAUGGGUUGAAGGUUCAAGCGAGAAAUGCUUUCAGCAAAUUGUUAAUGGAUAAACAGAGCGACUCUGUUUUCCGACUGAAUCAUUAUCCUCGAUGCCCAGAUUCUGAAGCUUUGAGUGGUAGUGAUUUGAUUGGAUUUGGUGAGCAUACAGAUCCACAAAUCAUAUCUGUGCUUAGAUCCAACAACACCUCUGGCCUGCAAAUCUCUCUCAAAGAUGGCACUUGGAUUUCAGUUCCACCUGAUGAGAGCUCCUUCUUCAUCAACGUUGGCGAUUCAUUACAGGUGAUGACAAAUGGGAGGUUUAAGAGUGUGAAACACAGGGUAAUGGCAAAUGGGGUGAAAGCAAGAACAUCGAUGAUUUACUUUGGCGGACCUCCGUUGAGUGAGAAAAUAGCUCCUUUGCCUUCUCUCAUGGAAGCCUCAGAACAAAGUUUAUACAAAGAGUUCACAUGGUUCGAGUACAAAAAAUCUGCUUACAACUCUAAACUGGCUGAUAAUCGACUCAUUCAUUUUGAGAGAAUAGCCGCUUCCUAUUAGUUCCCAUAUAAACACACUACUCAUCAAAACCGUAGUAAUCAUAUAUAGUGGUCAAAAUGUAUACAUAAAACCAGCCAUGCACAUUAAUUAAUAGGAGAAAAACAAAUACUUUUUUUUUUUUUUUUUUUACCCUUUAUGUCUUUUUUACAUAAAUGAUAGAAAAAUUAAAUUAAAGCUUGUGAAUUUUCUUUCAAUGUAUCUAUAUAUGUAUAUAUAUAUGUUGUACGUAAUCCCUUUCUUCUUCCAUAUUCAUAAAUGUGUUUUUCG